CACCACUACAGUCAGAGAAGAGAGGAGAGGAGAGAGGAGAAGUACUGGCAUGGCGCUCGGAGUCCCGUUGUCUCGCCUGUAUAUUUUUCAUGUUAGGUUUUCCUCAAGUAUCUGACAGGGGUAUGUAUAUUCAACACUUUGCGCGCCUCAGAGGAACAAACACAUCGGACAAAAAGACACCGCUUGGCUUCUGAACACUCGUGGAAAAAGUGGCUCGUAGAUUUUAGGUAGCUUGCUAACUAGUAACGUUAGCAAGGAGGCAAAAAUUGGGAGAUACGGGACAACAAGAGGAGGAGUCCUGUUUGGGAAGAGCUGAUGCAGAUGCCAUGGCAAUAGCCGAGGUAUGGGAGUGACGUGACAGUACUUGGUCAGAACAAAAAAAAACCCUCAUCUGCAUCAUGUUUUUUCUGCUGAAGUAGAGGCAGAACACGCAGAGAAUGGACGAGUCAGUGCUGUUGGAUUUGCUUGAAUGCCCCGUUUGUUUGGAGCGUCUUGAUGCCUCGGCCAAGGUCCUUCCAUGUCAGCACACCUUCUGCCGCCGAUGCCUCCAAGGCAUCCUAGGCUCACGUGGGGAGUUGCGGUGCCCGGAGUGCCGGACGUUGGUGGAGUGUGCCGUGGACGAACUUCCCAGCAACAUCCUCCUCGUGCGCCUUUUGGACGGCAUCAAGCAGAGGCCCCGCAGGGCAGGCCCUGGGGCGGGCGUCUGCACAAAUGGUACGUCCGGAGCCGUGGCCAGAGCACACGGAGGCGGGACGAGGGACCCGGGCGCCCCCGGACCACAACCCCAGCGAUCUCAGGCCAAGAGCACCCUUGUCCGGGGUGUUCCCCAGCUACCGUGUGCCAAGGCGCUCUAUAACUACGAUGGCAAGGAACCAGGAGACCUCAAGUUCAACAAGGGGGACAUUAUUAUCCUGCGCCGGCAAGUGGAUGAGAACUGGUACCACGGGGAGAUGGGUGGAGUCCACGGAUUUUUCCCAACUAACUUUGUCCAGGUCAUUAAGCCGCUGCCUCAGCCGCCCCCUCAGUGCAAAGCCCUGUAUGACUUUGAGCUCAAAGACAAAGAGGCCGACAAGGACUGCUUGCCGUUCUCCAAGGAUGAUAUCCUGACUGUGAUCCGCAGAGUGGAUGAAAACUGGGCGGAGGGAAUGCUGGGAGAUAAAAUUGGAAUUUUUCCCAUCUCAUAUGUGGAGUUCAAUUUGGCAGCUCGUCAGCUUAUAGAGUUGGACAAGCCGUCAGACUCCAGCGGGGACUCUGGUGAGGGGGCCUCCUCGGGGGCCCAGAGCAACGGUGCCCAGCGGGCAGGGGAGAAGAAGAACAGCAAGAAACGACAUUCCUUCACCUCUCUCACCAUGUCACACAAACCCGUGCUAGCUCCUCCCCCCCAGCGCCACUCCAUGGAGAUUAGUGGUCCGGUCCUCAUCAGCUCCAGCAACCCCACAGCUGCUGCCAGAAUCGGAGAGAUCAGUGGGGGGCUUUCCUGCAGCGCACCUUCACAGGUACACAUUUGCACAACUGGACUAAUUGUGACCCCACCUCCUAGUAGUCCUGUUACUACAGCAACAGUCUUCACAUUUCCCUCAGAGACGAGCUACACAUCCAUGCCUGUGGAUGCUCUCCCACCGCCCCCACCUCCUCCCCCGCAGUCCUCUGUCGGCGGAGCAGCAUACUCACUGGCUGCUGGACAGAGACCCUCCCCCAGCAUAAGCGACCAAAGUGGGAGACAAAGACCCACAGUCUAUGUGGCAAUGUUCCCCUACACUCCCCGCAAGGAGGAUGAGCUGGAGCUGAGGAAGGGGGAGAUGUUUCUGGUGCUGGAACGCUGUCAGGACGGCUGGUUCAAGGGCACCUCCAUGCACACUGGCAAGAUUGGAGUCUUCCCCGGGAACUACAUGAGCCCAGUCAGCAGGACGGCGUCUGGGAGCAGCCAGUCCAAAGUGCCCAUUAGUCUGUGCACGCAGGCUGGCAGAGGAGUCACCAUCGUCAGCCCCUCUUCUGCUCCACUCGGGGCCGUCGCCCCGGGCCCUGACUUACACAAACCCCUCACUGUGAGCUCCAGCGCUGUACCGGCCAGCUCCCAACCUGCAGCUGUGGUAACAGCAGCCCAGACGGCCACAGGCCAGCAGCCAAAAGUCCCGCUGCACGUUAGCUCCCAGAUGACUGUAAAUCAGGCUCGCAAUGCAGUCAGGACAGCCGCGUGUCACAGUCAGGACAGGCCCACCGCCGCAGUGACACCCAUCCAGUCUGCAGCAGCCGUGGCCUAUCUCCCACACCUUGCAGUCUGCACGCAGACCUCCACCAGUCCGGCACAAGGAUGUAACCGGGUUGGAGUGGCGAUGGGCUGCGCCGCGGCCUCUCUGACCCCACCCAACGUCAGCGCCGCGUCUUUGGACGGCGACGCUUUGAGGUCCGUGUCUGUCCUCGCUGUCCCCGUCGGCCCUGGGAACAGCUCUGCUCUCAAUCCCAUGUCUAACAGUGCUGCUCUUGCCUGCCGACUGGACAAGGAUAUCAAGAGAGAAAAGAAAAGUCUUCUGAAGCUGUUGUCCUCGAAUAAGAAGAAGUCUCGUCCCUCGCCCCCCUCCUCCCCCACCCUCGAGGCGGAACAGGCUGCUGUCGGUGAGGUGCUGCACGGUGCUGUGGGCCCCGACACCUCCCCUCCAUCCGGCUCGGUCAGCGGCCUGGAGCCCGAAACUGCUGCUGUUGCUUCUGCCUCAUCAUCCUCCACCUCGUCCUCCUCCUCCUCUGUCCCAGAGUCCUCCCACCGGAAGAGCAGCCCCCUCGACGGCUGCGCCCCCAUCGCUCCUCCUCCCCGCCAGCCGUGCUCCUCUCUUUUAUCUCAACAGCAUGACGCACGUCCCAUCAUAUGUGAGAGGUACAGAGUGGUGGUAUCGUAUCCUCCCCAGAGCGAGGCUGAGCUGGAACUUAAGGAGGGCGACAUUGUGUUCGUUCAUAGGAAGAGGGAAGACGGCUGGUUCAAAGGCACGCUGCAGAGGAACGGCAGGACCGGACUGUUCCCUGGCAGCUUCGUGGACAGCAUCUAGAACACACACUACAACAACAACAUCAUCACCAUCAUCAUGACCCAGAUGACCGCUGCUAGCCUCAUUACAGUGUUGCGAGUGUUCCCAGGACAGGAUCUUCUUCAUUAGACUUCCUGGAAAAGAAACACUAGUGGCACAUGAGACAGAGCUGCAGAGAAAAACGGUUAUCAAUGAAAGCACAGUGGACAGAGUUAGAGGAGAGCACACUACUCAUGAACUGUUCUUUUUUCUUUUUUUUUUGUUGGUUAUUUAUAUCUUUCAGCUGUUAAAUAUGUGUGCCUUGUACUGUUCCUCACUUUAUUGUACAUAAGGACACAGAUAUGAAUUAGUCCUAAAACAAACCAGUAUGAACUGUCGAUAUCAAUAUGUUACACAUUUUAACUUAUUUCAUAGAUUGACCUUUUUCGUAGUGCCACAUAUUACGGGGUUAAGUAAAGCACAUGCCUUAUUUUGCCGCAACAGUUGUACUUGUACUCUACACUGCUGAAGUUUUCCUAUUAUUUCUACCUGUCAGCAGAUAGGAGAUGGAGUAUCAGAUGGAACGGACCAGAACAAAUCACUUGUGCUGCAUAGUAGGAAAAAAAGAUAACUUCCCCGUCUCCAAAGGCAUUACCUAUAGUAGAGGAUCCUGAGAGAGAUCUGCUGUAUUGCACAUUCAAGUACUCGAGUAGCUAGGACUCACAGCUUUGUUAACACUACACAUGACAACAUACUCACAGGGCCUCCAUUUUUGUCUCACGGGGGGGGGGGUGCAGUGUCGCAGGCUGUUACCUGCAUUGAUCAAAUAUUUGCAUGCGAUUAGCAAAGCCAUCAGCGGGAGACAAAGUGGCGCGGGGAUGUUCGGCUAUGCCUUUUAAAUAUAAGACAAACACUCCAUAAUGGACUUUGCAGUCAAAUAUUGCUUACUUUGUACCUUCUUUAUAUUUACUGACCAGAGUAGCUGCUCUCCUGACGCCUCGACAAAGGCUGAACCAAGACAGAGCUCCGAAUCGUGAGAGCUACAUAACAUUUCAGUAUCUGAUUCUAUUAGGUGUAUAUUUAUGGUUUGUUACACAUUUCCCAGACGCUGCUGGUACAAAGUGACCUGAUGCAGUAACUCCUCAACGGGCUCUCUGUUUUUGUUCCUUUUUGACACUAUAACUCAUUCCUAAUGUGACUUGUGGCAAUAAUAAAAACACUGCUAGCUAAAGCACAGAAUGUUUGCCUGAAGUAGCAUAUUAUUGCAUCACUCCAUAGGAAGAGAGGUGUGUAGUGUAGCUCUAUCGAAUCUCAAAUUUCUAUUGAAAUCAAUCACUUUGAGCCCUUGAUUAUUAUAUUUUUGUGUGGGUAUGUGUUUUAAUUUUUUUUUUUUUGAACUGUUAAAUGUUGUACUGACUUGAAUUACUGUAAUAUUUCUUUGUGGUUGGAGGGGAUUUGGUCGUAGUGUUGGUACAGUCUUAGAAUGAAUACUUGGGAAAACAAAAAUGAGAUGUUUUUUUCCCCAGAUACUUUGCAAAAAUCAAGGAACCUCUUCAAAAUAAAGGUGUCAUUAUGUGUCGGGGGAAUCGACCGACCGGCCUCCUUCCCCACAACAGCUGAUGUAAUGUGACUUAUCCACCUGAGUGCGAUCUGCGGGUGUAAUUAAACGCAUUAGAGUCGAGGCAAUCACUUUGAGAAUGAAUUUACUGGAUCCAGCGUUUGAAGUGUGCGUUUUUAUGUCUUUAGUUGUAAAUCGAGGGGGACCACUGUGUAACUGACUGCUGGAAUAUGUUGUAGUUUGUCUGAAAUUUGGAGAGAGUGUGAAAAAAAAGGAUGGUACAAAUCACUGUUAGGGCCUUUUUCCUUUUGACUUUCUGAAUUGGUACUUGCGUAGAAUUAACCCCGGCGUUGCUUCGUUGUCUUGGCGAUCACCACACCAACCUCAGGCUCUCUGCUAGAACUCUUCCUCUCGAGUGUCUUCUCAUUUCACUGGUAAGCCUUUAACGUACACACCAGACUCGCCCCGACGCGGACGCGCGCGUUUAUAUCGAAGUAUGCACUAUCACAGCAUCUCUGAUCAUACUGUCCAUAUUUCUCAUGCAUAGGCUGCACAGAUUCAGACUCAGAACACAAAGCAUUUCUUAAAAAAAAAUAACUAAUGUAUCUGAACACACGGCAACUUAAAGUUUGCCUGAUCCAGCUUAACAGGUGUUCCACAUGCCAAGGUGACUUACUUGAUUUUUCCUUUUUUUUUUUUGUUUUGUUUUUGUUUUGUCUGUAGUUAAUCUGUUUUAUGUCUGAAAAUGGUGAAACUGAAAUCAACCCAUUUGGCACAAGUGUAUUAUGUGAAAAACAUUCUGAAGUAUUUGAGGGAAUCGCACAUUUUGUAAAAAUCUAUAUAACAAUAAAAGCUAAAGGUUUCCAUAAAGGUUUUACGGUAA